CGCGGCUCACGUGACUUGCGGCUGGGCGCGGAGCGGUGUUCGCCGGGGAGAGCCUGCGAGGAGCCCGGUCCAGCCCGGUCCCUCUCCUCUGCCCGGUCGGGAGCUCCGACCGGUUCCUCUGCCCCGCCCCUCGGAGCGUGGCCCCGGCUGCCGAGACACAGGUCGUGGGUGGAGCGGCCCUACCCGGGCAGUGGGCAGCUUGGAUGACUAGAGGAGGGCCUGCUGAGACAGAGUCCUGUCCAUGCUCGGAGGGACUCUGGGGACAUGAGGUGGGCGUGUAUCUGGCUCCUCUGUCCCCUGGGCCCGCUGGUCUUGCUCUCUGCAUCCACAAACCCUCCCAACGUCCUGUUAAUCUUUGCGGAUGACCUGGGGUUUGGAGAUUUGGGAAGCUAUGGGCACCCCACCUCAGCCACGCCCAACCUGGACAAGAUGGCGGCCAGGGGCCUGAGAUUCACCGACUUCUAUGCCAGCUGCCCAAUCUGCAGCCCCUCGCGGGCGGCCCUGCUGACGGGUCGGUACCAGACACGCUCCGGGGUUUACCCCGGUGUGUUCUAUCCCGGCUCCCGGGGAGGCCUCCCGCUGUCUGAGCUCACCAUCGCGGAAGUGCUGAAGGCUCGGGGCUACACCACGGCCAUGGUCGGCAAAUGGCACCUGGGACUGGGGGCCAACGGCUCCUUCCUGCCCAUCCACCAGGGCUUUGACCACUUCCUGGGGGUGCCCUACUCCCACGACCAGGGCCCCUGCCAGAAUCUCACCUGCUUCCCCCCCCACACCAAGUGCUUUGGGACGUGCGACCAGGGCGUGGUGCCCGUCCCACUGCUCCUAAACCAGAGCAUCCUGCAGCAGCCGCUCGCCUUCCCCCAGCUGGUGCCACUCUACAACAAGUUCUCUCGCAACUUCAUUGCCGACUGCGCCCGCCAGGGCCGCCCCUUCCUGCUCUACUACGCCUCCCAUCACACCCACUACCCCCAGUUUGGAAGCCAGGAGUACGUGGGCCAGUCGCUGCGGGGGCCCUUUGGGGACGCCCUCAUGGAGUUUGACAGCUCAGUGGGGCUCCUGCUUCAGGCACUACAGGAGAAUGGCCUGGAGGGGAACACGCUGGUCUUCUUCACCGCAGACAAUGGCCCCGAGACCAUGCGAAUGGCCCGUGGGGGCAGCUCGGGUCUCCUGAAGUGUGGCAAGGGAACGACAUACGAGGGCGGGAUGCGGGAGCCUGCGGUGGCUUAUUGGCCAGGCCGGAUCUCCCCGGGCGUGACCCACGAGAUGGCCAGCACCCUGGACAUCCUGCCAACCCUGGCUGCACUGGCUGGGGCGCCUCUCCCCACUGUCCCAUUGGACGGCUAUGACCUGAGCCCGGUGCUGUUUGGAGGUGGGAAGAGUCCCCGGCAGAUGAUGUUCUAUUACCCGCCCAGCCCCAGCAAGCUGCUUGGCGUCUUUGCCGUCAGAUACGGGAAGUACAAGGCUCAUUUCUUCACACAAGGUGCCUUCCUCAGUGGGAUGACCCCUGACCAGGACUGCCAUGGGCUGACGCCCCUGACAUCCCACGAGCCUCCACUGCUCUUUGACCUGGAGGCUGACCCUGCAGAGAACUAUAACCUGCUGCAGGGCGGUGCCGUGGGGCCGGAGGUGCUGCGGGUGGUGAAGGAGAUCCAGCUGCACAAGGCGCUCUUCGACCAGCGCAUGGAGUUUGGGGAAAGUCAGAUAGGGAAGGGCAUCGACUCUGCCCUCCAGCCCUGCUGUGCCCCCGGCUGCACCCCCAAGCCCUCCUGCUGCCACUGCCCCUAACCUCCCCAGCCCUUUAACUCUCCCCUUGCCACUGCCAGGAACCCCCCGCUCUUCGAAAGCCUCCUGCUGCUGUGCCCAUCUCUCUGCUGCCACUCUCUAAAGUCCCCGUGCCAGCCUCCCCGCUGCUCUCCCCAAACCUGCCUGCAGCCGGGCGCGCUGCGUUGGGGUGCUUCCCUGGCUGGUAGAGCUGCCUCCCGCUCCCCAGGCCUGACGCUGAGGUCCCUACGUGCUGGCUGCAUGGGGGCGUGGGGUGAGAUGCUAGGAGGGGAAGGGGCAGGUUCCUGGGGGGGGGUACCUCUGCACUGGGAGUCUUUGGCCAUUGGACACAAACCUUCGCUCCCCUGGGACGCACUGAGUACAGUGAACCCUCUGGAGUCCCGGGGGCUCUGGAACAAAGCAAAGGACCCACCCUCAGAGCCUAGCACCCCAAUGCAGCCAGCGGGGGGCCCGGCGGUACCAGCCUGCUGCAGCGGGAAGGCCAGGGAGCGGAGCGUGGCUAGCUCUGAGGGGCUGGCACAGCAGUGAGGGCCAAGGCCCUAUCAAUACUGGUGCAGGGGUGGAGUGCGAGGCCAGGAUCAGGGCCAGCAGCAGUAGCCCCGGUGCUUGGCCCUGAGCACGUGGACGGGGCACUCUGCAGUCAGGAGAGGAGCUGUGCAGAGCUCUGGGGCAGGUCCCUUCACCUGCGUGGAUUAGGGUUACCAUAUUUCAACAAUCAAAAAAGAGGACGGGAGGAGCCCCGCCCCCGUCCUGUCCUAGCCCCGC